GCGUGUUUCUGCCUCGGGGAGAUAAACGGCGCUCCGAACGGGCUUCCCCGCUCCGUGAACGCGCUCUCCGCCGCCCGGUGUGUCCGUGUAGCGGCUGGAGGGCCCCGGUCCUAUUUUGUCGUUCCCGACCCGUUGCGCCAUGGCAGAUCCCGAUCUUGACUUCACGACCGGCGAGUCCGGGGCCUCGGCCACCUACCCCAUGCAGUGCUCCGCCCUGCGCAAGAACGGCUACGUGGUGCUGAAGGGACGCCCCUGCAAGAUCGUGGAGAUGUCCACCUCCAAGACCGGCAAGCACGGACACGCCAAGGUGAACCUGGUCGGCAUCGACAUCUUCACCAACAAGAAGUAUGAAGACAUGUGUCCCUCCACCCACAACAUGGACGUCCCGGCCAUCAAGAGGAUAGACUACCAGCUGAUCAACAUCAACGAGAACUACAUGACCCUGAUGGGGGACAACGGAGACAUCCGAGAGGACCUGCGCGUCCCGGAGAACGAGGUCGGGAAGGAGAUCGAGGCCAAGUUUGAAGCCGGAGACGAGUUCAUGGUCACCGUCAUCUCCGCCAUGGGGGAGGAAUGCGCCGUCGCCACCAAGGUCCUGGGCAACAAAUAAGGAGACGGACUUUGCAGCCCAGCCAACAAGCACCGCCCACAACAGUCUCCUGCAUUCUCAUUGGUUCAGUCACCAAAGCGUCGGCCUUCACAGACAACCUCGACUCAUCCUGUCGCCCCCCGCCCCUCCCCCCCCCCUCCCCCUCCGAAUGUCUCCAGGCAGCCCGCUGCGCUGGUCCUCCUGAUCACUGAGGUUCUGUUUGGUAACAAUCGACUUUCUAUAAAACGACUUUAAAACAAUCCGCCAGCUGCUCCUUCCUGCUUAUUCCUUAUUCCCCCGUCUGUCUGUCCAUCCGUCUGUCCAUCCGUCUGUCCAUCCGUCUGUCCAUCCGUCUGUCCGUCUGUUUGUUUUGGGCCACUCACAUUCCUGAAUGUUCCAGAGACGAUGGGAUUCAGCUUUUGUAUGCUUAAUUUUUUAUAUUCUUUCGACUGAAUAUAGCGGGUGGGCGGGGCCUGGGGGUGGGCGGGGCCUGGGCGUGGUCUGGUCUGUAGACCUGAAUCCUGGUGGAGGCGGUCAGACGGCGGUCGGAGUUUCCAGCAUGUCUCAAACAAAACCAGUUGGGUUUAUUUCCUCUCUUCUCCAAAACAAACAGAAGCUGCAGUGAUUGGUCCUCGUGACGUGACUCUCCUGUCAGGGCUUAGCCCCGCCCCCGCCGCCACGGCGAGGCGGGCGGGCGGAGGAGGUUCUGUUCACUCGAGGCCUUUGUCACCUGACUGGAGAUGGCAAAAAUAAAACCAUGAAAGAAAUGGA